AUGAACAACAAGGGGCUAUGCUAUAUUGCAGAGACUGUAACUGACGGCUCAAUUACUUUUGAGAAAACCAAUUGGCAAAUGAGAAGGAUAAUCAAGCAAUUUCUUCCCAAAAUUCUCCAUAAGCAUGAUGGUUCCAGUCAAACUCGAAUUAAGCAAAUUUCUCAACUCCUCAAAAAUCCUCAAAACUUCCGUGCUAAUCACGGGGCUUCUUGUUUUACCUCAGAAUCCUUUCGCAGUGCUGCUAUUUAUGUUCUGGAUAGACUCAAAAAGCUGUGUCCUCGAACUGUGGCUAAAAUGCAUAGGAAUCUGAGGGAUGUCACAGAUUACGUCCCUAAGACGCAAUCUGAAAUAAAAGAUAGGAAACGUUUAGUUAAAAAAAUCAAGGGAAUAUCAUUGAAAAUGUUAUCAGACUAUGAAGAAGGGGAUGGGCCACCAGAGCCCCUGGCGAAGGCUUUGUCCGUAGCAGCCUUAAUGCUAAAACCAGAACUUGAUUAUUGUCCCUCUCAAAUGUUUUUCCAAAAACUUUCUAUAGAUGUAGAAGCAUUGCAGAAUGAUAUAGCAAAAGCAAUCAGGAUUCUAAGUGAUAAAAAUGAAGUAAGUUUCGCAGAGCUGAGAAAGUUGCCUCUUGUGCUGGAUUUUUAUGAUCAAGCUGUCAUAGAUAGUGUUCGUUUGCGUGUGAAUGUGAAGAAACUGUUGACUGAAUAUCUUCUCGAGUGCAGCGACUUGCAGUCUAUCCCUGAAAAUUUACUAGAAAGUCUAGCUAUUAUUAACAAAACAUCUAGGCAUGCAUCUCGGAAAACUUACUCAAACAAGGAGGUAGAAGAAGAAGUAGAAUGUGUGCUGACUAUUAGUGCUCAGAAAAAACAAGUUGUUUGGGAUUUACUCACUCAAUGUGAUGUCAGUGAAGAUUUUGCAAAUGCUUACAUGGAGAAUGUAGAGGAAAGUUAUUAUGAAGGUGGUGAUGAAGAUGAGCAUCUUUCUGAUCUUCCUCAAAAUUGCAGGUCUGAUCCUAAUGUCUCAUACAGCCAAGCAGCAAGUGUCGGCAAUAUAAACCAAAGCAAUUCCCACUCACCAAUCACUGCUGUCUGCUGUUCGAGAUGA